GUCAACGGCACGUGGCAGCGUCAUGCCGUCCGUCCGAGUGAAGGCGGCCCGAUCCACCUCACCCGGACUGACCCUCCGUGUGUUGUCGGUCUGUUGAGCAGCGGUGACAGCCAUGAGCCGCUGCGUGUGAGAGCUCACCGGUUAAGUGUCAGGUAAACGAGGAGCCACCGGGGGACGGUGUCGCUCUCAGAAGUGUUGGUAGCUGGUCUGGCGCUUCUCGGUGAGCUGUGGGUUUUGUCGUCUCGGUUCCAGGAUGGCUGGGGUGUUCGACAUCGACUUGGAGACGGAGGACGUCAGCGACACAGAGGACGAUGUCUGCGACUUCACUGUGACCGAGCCAGAGAAUGUUCAGACGGAGGAGGUGGAGCUGACCAGCGAGAUCGUGAACAGGGACAGCGAGAGAGUUGGACCGGACUGCUUUGAGCUCCUAACGGUUCUGGGAAAGGGAGCCUACGGCAAGGUCUUCCAGGUGAGGAAGGUUCAAGGUCUUCAGAUUGGGAAGAUAUUCGCCAUGAAGGUCCUAAAAAAGGCUAAGAUAGUGCGAAACGCCAAAGACACAGCCCACACGCGAGCGGAGCGGGAGAUCCUGGAAACGGUGCGGCACCCCUUCAUCGUGGACCUGCUGUACGCUUUCCAGACCGGAGGAAAGCUCUACCUCAUCCUGGAGUGUCUGAGCGGAGGAGAACUGUUCAUGCAGCUAGAGAAGGAAGGCAUCUUCAUGGAGGACACGGCCUGCUUUUAUCUGGGUGAGAUCACUCUGGCUCUGGGUCACCUUCACUCCAACGGGAUCAUCUAUCGAGACCUAAAACCAGAAAACAUCAUGCUCAACCACCAAGGACACAUCAAGCUGACGGACUUCGGUCUCUGCAAGGAGUCGAUUCAUGACGGAUCCGUCACGCACACCUUCUGCGGCACCAUCGAGUACAUGGCUCCAGAGAUCCUAACCCGCUCAGGUCACAACAGAGCCGUGGACUGGUGGAGCCUCGGCGCCCUCAUGUAUGACAUGAUGACGGGAUCGCCUCCGUUCACGGCUGAAAACAGGAAAAAGACCAUCGAUAAGAUCUUAAAGUGUAAGCUCAAUCUGCCUCCGUACCUGACUAUCGAUGCCAGGGAGCUCAUCAAGAAGCUGCUGAAGAAGAAUCCAGCCCAAAGACUCGGCUCUGGCAAGGCAGACGCUGCAGACAUUCAGAAACAUUCCUUCUUCAAGCAAAUCAACUGGGACGACCUGCUGAACAAGAGAGUGGAGCCUCCAUACAAACCCCAGCUGCAUUCAGAGGAGGAUGUGAGCCAGUUUGAUACCCGCUUCACUCGGCAGACGCCGGUGGACAGUCCGGACGACUCCAGGCUCAGCCACAGCGCAGAGCUCGCCUUCGCUGGCUUCACUUACGUGGCUCCGUCGGUCCUGGAAAGCCUGAAAGAAGGCUUCUCCUUCGAGCCCAAAUCCCGUCACAUGCGCCGGCACAACAGCAGUCCUCACACACCCAUCAGUCCUCUGAAAUUCUCCCCCGCCGGACCCUUCAAGGCCGCCCUGGACGGAGAGCCGGAUCUAUUCUCGCCAACCUCUCCGCCAGCAGCACAGCCUUUUGUCCCGCCGGAAAACGGAGUCAGUCAGCCGAUCAAGACGCCGGCGAGGAACAAGAAGCAGAAGAUGAGGAGAUGAGGAGGUUAUGUCUGAGAACUAAAAUCAGGACUAGCAUGCUUUUUUUUUUUUUUCACCCCAUCUCUUCAGAAAAUCCUUUACAAAAUCCACAUCUGCUGCUCACGGAAAACAAAUCUUAUGACACCCCUCACCCCCCCAGUAAAGUUGAUGACUUAUGGUUGCUAGAAGGAACUGGACAUCAAGCAUUUAUGGCUUGAAUUCUUUAAUGGCCAACCACAGCAGUUCUAUCUGAGUCCUUCCAUGGCAGUGACUUCGGGGUUCUCUGGCUCAUUUCUCUUUGUAGUCCACGUUUCCACUCUGCUACACCACAACAUCAUCACCGAAAGAGAUGUUAAAAGCCUAAAAGAGACAGUACCUCAAACAGAUGGGCGGAAAGAGCAGUUUUCUUUUUUUUGUGUUUAUUUCAGCAAAAAACGAACAAAGUCAAAGCUUUAAGUUCUACCUUAACGGUAUUUAACUAUAAGGAAUGUGUCUGAAAACUGAAGAUGUCUGUUUUUUGUUUUUGUUUUUUCUCAGUGACAGAGCGGCUCUCGUAUCCUCAGAUUGUACAAACACACCCAUCAUAUAUCAGCAGAGUGAUUGUUUGAUUUUUCUCUUCAGAUCAGUAAAGAGCUGUCAACACGGGUGCUCACAGAAAACUAAGAGCUUUUAUAUAUAUAUAAAAACCAGGAAUAUUUAGGGUUAACAGAAAAAAAAUCUAUUUUUACAAAGUUUCAGGUCAAUUAUGAUAUAGACUUACAAACUUGUCAAUAAUUCAACCUUCAGCUUUUCAUUGAUUUUCAUUUUUGUUGAAUUGGGGCCUCAGCUGUGCAUGAGUGAAACUCUCUGCAGAACUCAUUCGCUUUAAAGCAUUACUACUAUUGUAACCUGUGUAUAAUGAAGUCAUUUUUUUGUUUUUUUGUUUUAUUGGAGCAAAAAAAUAAUCAUUUUGUUUGAAGUCUCAGGUGAAGUUUCUUUCCACAUCUUCAUCUGAACAUAUAAAUGGAGAAGUUUCCUCUCAGGACCCAAACAAAUCUACACUGUCAGAAUAUUUUAUCCAUUCUGGCUAAAUAAUAUAUUAAACAUAUUAGCAUCUCAUACAGAUAUGAAAAACAAUUGUAAUGAAUUAAGCUUUGAUUUUUUGGUUAUUCGAUAUGUUUUUGGUUCUUAAAUUAUUAUUUUCUUGAGCUGUUUCUUCAUUUUGUCCUUUAUGCAGUUUGUUUCUGCCGCCAGAAGGGGGCGACAGAGGAAGCAGAUCCACACUGCAGAAACAUGCUUUGUGUUACUUUGGAAUAUUUAUUUAAAUGAUUUGAACCGAUUUUGACGAAUUUCUUAUCUGAAUGUGUGGAAAAUAAAAUAUUGAAAUGCUCAA